AUGGACCCAACAUUGACUGUUUUAACAAGCUCCCAAAGGACCCGCCGCGUGAAAUGUGACGAAAGCCGACCAGCAUGUCGACGCUGCGUCUCUACAGGCCGGGUCUGUGAUGGCUAUGGCAUCUGGGGAGGCGGUGGGAGCCCAUACGGCCAGCCGCAGACUAACCGAGCGCUCUCAACAUACUGCACACCGGUUCCAGUCGGUAGCAUGACCAGUGAGGAGCAGACGUAUUUCGACUGGUUCAUGGCCAAGACGACCAAGAAGUUUGCCGGGCUGUUUGCCUCUGACUUCUGGGAAACCCUCGUCUUGCAGGCAAGUGCCCAGGAACCUGCCGUGCGUCAUGCGGUGGUCGCCUUGUCAGCAGCGCAUCGAUUCGAUCACAGGAGCGAGCCGUGGUCUCUUCCCUCCACCUACGGCUUCGAUGCCGAGCAGUUUACCUUGCAACAAUACAACAAGGCUAUUCACCACUUACGCUUGAUGACAGGGAGCACCCAAAAAAAUACCUUGCGCGUUGCCCUGGUCACAUGUAUGAUCUUUGUUACGUUGGAAUACCUGCGUGGACAGUAUCAGAUGGGUAGCGCACAUCUAAGAUAUGGGAUCCAGCUGCUUGCGAGUAUCUCAGCACCAAAGCCUCGAUCAAUCAUGUCUCCAAGCAUCCUGAGUCCGGCAGAAGACUUUGUCCAUAAUACGCUGAUCGAUUCAUACUCUCGUCUGACAAUCCAGGCUGCUAUGUUUGGUCAUGUUCCUUCCCAUAUGUGCACUGUGAUACGAGAUCCUCAAGUUCACGCGAUCACAUACACCUUUAAUUCAAUUCUCGACGCUCGACAAACGCUGGACGACCUUCUGAACAGAGUUCACUGCCUAAAAAGGCACUAUUAUACUCUCAGACUAUCCCAACCCCAAUCGGCAACAACCGACCCGGAAAUUGUGGAGACCCAACGAAAGAUCAUAACAGACCUAUCUCUUUGGCGAAAGGCAUACAACGCCUCAAUAACCCGCCUGGAAGAAGAAGCAACCCGCAAAGACAAAUUUGGCCACAUUUUACUUCGCAUAUACCACGAGAUGGCGACAAUGAUGGCAUCGGUCUGUCUAUCCGAUGACGAGACGAUCUUUGACAACCAUACUGAAAGAUUCCUGGCAAUUUUAAAAGGAUUCAUCGACCUAUGGAAUUUCUGGGCAGACGCUAGCAUCCGGAUCAAAGGACUCAAGCAUAUCUUCAGUACUCCUGAGUCUGAUAAUGGAUGCCACGGGUUCACUGUCGAGUCUGGGUUCAUUCCUCCUGUUUACUAUACCGCGCUGAAAUGUCGUAUUCCUCGAAUUCGACAGCAUGCUCUGCGGAUUGUACGGGCUGCUCCCCAUAGAGAGGGUGUUUGGAAUGGUCCUCUCUUGGCUCGUGUCUUGGAGGAGGUAAUUAGUAUUGAGGAGGGAGGGGCUUAUACUGAGGAUAUCAUUGUGGAUGAGGAUAUGUACUUGGAAAUGCCAUCUCCUAAGGAUUUUGCUUUGCCUGAGAUCGAGGCAUCGAAACGUAUAUCAGACGUGGCGGUCAUUCUGCCAGAUCAGGUGAAAGGUGAUACGUUCAUGAGUUACAAGAAGCAGGCUGAAGGUGGCCAGUGGGAGACCUAUAAACGCAAGGUAAAGCCUGGCUGGAUGGAAUGUCCAGGACCUCGGUAG